AAACUAGAAGCAAUGUUUUCAACCGUUGGAAUUUUCUAUGCGCAAAAAAAAUAGCAGACAGCAAGUAUAGGUUAUACUUUAAUACAAUAAUAAUUAAUAUCAAUACACACAAAAUUCAUUCAUAGAUUGAAAUGGACGCUGAAUACAACAGCGUAGCGAGCAAUAUUGUAAACACAGCACAAGACGGGUUCAUGUUUGAGGAUGGCGACGCUCUCUCCGCCCUCUUCGUUUUCGACAACCAAGCAAUAAACACAAUUGGCCGCGAACUCAGUGACGUUGACAAUUUUGAGACCUACACUGUGUGUAUUGGCGACCCAACAUUUGCUCAAUUCACUGGCACAUACCUCGAAUAUGUCCGCGACAGCUCCUGGUUAGACGCCGAGGAGCAACACAAGCAGCUGUGCCGCGUAGCCGAACUAUUCACGGCCCUUCUAUCGGCCUCCCAGGGGCCGUGGCUGAUUCCCGUUAUGCGGCCUUUGACACUGGCACUAUGUCAGUCAGCACAACGGACCUUCGAAAGCACCCAUGAUCCGGCAGCAUUCGCACAAGCAGCUUCAGUGCUUCUGCGGCUGCUCAUCGACCUGUUGGCGGAUAACGGCGGCCCGCUGGAGCAGUCCAAGAGAGUAGGCUGCUUGUUUGUCGCCGGCCUGCUCCUGCGCAUAUCCCUGAGAACCAGCGCAGCACCUGGAGCCUACGCCAGCAAAGCGCUGGAGGUGAAAAACCUAUGGGGAUCUUCGGUUUUUUCGCAACGCGAUCGCGUCAGCUACAGCUACUGGCUUGGAAGGUACUAUCUUGUCUGCUACUAUGUGGACUCUGCACGCAGCCAACUCGAAUACGCGUUUAAUGGGUGUCCGGCGUGGCAUAUGCGCAACAAGCGGGCGGUUCUGAGAUACCUUUUUGUGGCUAAUAUGAUCCGCGGCCAACUGGCCCACCCGGCGCUCCUGGAGAAGUACCAGAUGGAACCUGUGUACGCUGAACUCGCAUGGCAUUUCCGCAAGGGUAACCUGGCUAUGUUCCAGCAAGUGCUGAUCGCCAAUAUGGAGUUUUUUAGAUCGCAAGGGAACUUUUUGAUCUUGAUGGAGCGCACAGAGAUUUUGAUUUAUCGGAAUGUGCUCAUGCGAUCGAGCGCCCUGAAUUCACGCUCGGAGCUGGGACGUGCGAUGCCAUAUAGGGACGUUCUAGCGGCCUUCCAGCUGUCGUCGCAGAACUACAGCAUGGACUAUGCCGAGAUGGAGAGUAUUCUGGCUUCACUAGUCGCCCAAAAGUUUGUCCUCGGGUUUUUAUUCCACCAUCAAAAACUCGUCAACCUGGCAAAAAAGUCGCCAUUCCCGCCCAUCUCUUCUGUUGGGGUGGCUAUAAAUUCCCAAUAAAUAAUGGGAUUUGUUUAUAAUAUUCAUUUAGUU